AUGUCCCUUGACACACCACUAGACCUGCUGAAGUUAAAUUUGGACGAAAAAGUGUAUGUCAAAUUGCGUGGCGCCAGAGAGCUUAUCGGUACUCUACAAGCUUUUGAUUCGCAUUGUAACAUUGUAUUGAGUGACGCUGUAGAGACCAUCUAUGAACUGACAGAUGGUGACCUAAAGUCAACUGAAAGAAGUUCUGAGAUGAUAUUUGUUAGAGGUGAUAGUGUUACAUUAAUUACAAGUCCUGGAGAUGAUGAAUAG